UUGCCGUCACCUGCUAUGAUCAGAGCAACAACCCUGCUGACAUCCUCAUCAUCAAACUCCAUCUCAUCGCCCCCACCACUCCUCUCAGUAGGAACUUCUGAUCAUAGGCUUUUUGCUCCCCCUCAGCAUAUCCAUCAUGAUGCCUUACAGCAUUCCCACCACACCUACCACCACUAGUGCAAGGCACGACCAAUGCUUCCACCUCCAUUACUUCUGCAACACACUCCAAAUGUUGAGUCUCCUCACAAAACUCCUCCUCAUGGCUAAUACUAUCGGUCUGUAUAGCACUGGGAGGUAGCAAAGACAGAGAAAAUGGAACAGACCUUCUAGGACUGACAUUUCCACCAUGCUAUGUAACUGUAGAUGAUAAGGAAUCCCCUGACACCUGGCUCAUCAUGACGGUCUGGGCCAGAUGGAGAAGAAAAAUGAAAGGGACCAAUUCCAAUCAGAGAAGACGUCAACUGAUAUAACUGAUCAUCCAGCAAGCCAAGAGUCUAGACUAAAGAAGGUUCAAGGGUCAAGGAAAACAGAACAUAAAUUUCACAAGAACAAGCAUCCGUUCCGGAACCCCUUCUGUAAGAAUUAAGAUGUUGCCACUCACCAGUCAGAUUCCUGACCUGAAUGCUACAAUCCCAUAUUAUAAUGUAUCCUGCAGCAUUGAUGAUUUCCGUAACAAGGUUUACUCUACUGCCUACUCAAUGUUUACAGUAUUUGGUCUUAUCGGUAAUAUCUUUGCUUUAGUUGUCCUGAUAAAGACCUACAGCCAGAGAACAGCUUUCCACAUCUACAUGCUCAACCUUGCCAUCUCCGAUCUGCUGUUCGUCUGCACCCUUCCAUUGAGAGUGGUCUAUUACGUCAGCAAAGGACACUGGUACUUUGGAGAUUUCCUAUGUCGAAUUACUUCCUACGUCUUCUACGUGAACUUGUAUUGCAGCAUUUUCAUUUUGACGGCAAUGAGCGUCACUCGCUUUCUGGCAAUAGUGUACCCAGUUAAAAAUCUCAAACUGGUGUCUGAAAGGAGAGCAAAGUGGGCUUGUGUUGUAAUAUGGCUCUUUGUCACACUGACAAGUUCCCCGUUUCUAAUGAGUGGGUCAUAUUUAGACUCCCAAACCCAAAUGCCCAAAUGUUUCGAGCCACCGCCAUCUGCCGGUAAGAAAAAAAUGGUGCUCACUCUCAACUACAUUUCCUUCGUCAUUGGUUUCCUUAUUCCAUUUAUUGUAAUAUUGGUGUGCUACACCAUGAUCAUAAAGACUUUGCUCAAGAACCCAAUGACCAAACAGCAGUCUUCAAGAAAGAAGGCUAUUCGAAUGAUUAUCAUUGUCAUGACUGUGUUCUUCCUAAGCUUUAUGCCGUAUCAUAUCCAACGGGCAAUUCACCUUCACCAAAACAAGAACUGCAGUAAAGAGACCUUAUGGGAACAGAAGAAGGUGGUGAUAACCUUGGCCCUUGCAGCCUCCAAUUGCUGUUUUGAUCCUAUGCUUUACUUUUUCUCUGGUGAAAACUUUCGAAGGAGACUUUCGACCUUCAGGAAGCACUCUGUCACAAGUAUGGCAGUGGACAAUAAAAGAAAAAAGUCAGAUGGCCUACAUGACAGGUCUGAGAUCUUUGCUAAUUCGGAGAAGCAGGACAGUGAUGAAAGUUAGAUCCUUUCUUCAGAUUUACAUUUGAACAUCUGACCACCCCUAUGUCAAUGACGCAACAAUUGAGAUAAAUGGGGUCAUGGUGCAUGCCUAAAGAGUCAUGCGUAGCUUCAUCCAUGAGAAGACUGGAGCAUGUCCUGGCCGUGAGAAGGAACCUUCUAUGCCUCAAGCUUUUCUAGAUGCAUGCCAUAGAGUAUCCUCCUGUUGUUAAAGAACAAAAGCAUUUUCUGGUAGACUACUACCUUAAGAAUAAGCUCAAUAAGCUACAUUUGUGGAUGACGUAUGCCACUAACUUCUCCAAGAUCUUCUUCUCCAUUGGAUUAUAUUGAAGGUUUCAAAUUAAAGGGGUACUCCAGUAGAAAAAAAUAAAUUUUAAAUCGACCGGUGCCAGAAAGUUACAGUUCCAGUACUUCUCAGCUGCUGUAUGCUCCACGGGAAGUUCUUUUCUUUUUGAAUUUCUUUUCUGUCUGACCACAGUGCUCUCUGCUGACACCUAUAUCCAUGUCAGGAACUGUCUUGAGAGAGCUGGAGAGGUUGGCUAUUGGGAUUUGUUCCUGCUCUGGACAG